AGCUGAAACAUACAACCUACACUUAGUGAAUGGAGUAUUCCUAAAUCAAAAGAGUUUCCUUUAUUGGACCCAGCCAGCAGUAGAAAGCUCAUACGCUGGAUUAGUUCAUUUUGUACAUCUUCCAAGAGCUCUUUAAUUCGGGUCCUGUGGUCUGUUUUGACUUUCGCAAGAAAUCAGAAGGUUGUUGAACUGAAUCUCUAAAUUAAAGAUGAUGCACUUGUGUGCAGCUGUAUUGAUUAUUUGCCAUUAUAUUUUGCCCAGAAGUGAGAGCAUCAUAAUCAAUAACUACACUCUCUCCACAGCAAAGGUAAGCAAAUUUGUUUUCUAAACCCCUUUAAAUCACAAGUAAUAAGAUGUGUGCCUGGGUGCCUGUAGCUUAUAAGGAUAGCUGCUAAACUAGCUAAAAAUAUACCAGUUGUUUACAUGUGUAAGCUUAAUUUUAAGUAAUUAAUCUUAGCAUCUAGAACGUAUACUAAUAUUCAUCAUCUUGGUGCAAAAAUCACCAAUCUUGUACUUGGCUCCUACCUCUGCACAAUUAUAGCAAAAAAUAGUCAAUUGAAAACACGAUAUGUCGCUUUGAGCAGACCUGCUGUAAUUUAUAUUGACCAGUUAUUCCAUUUUCUUCAUGUCUGGAACAUAUGGUUGGCAGCCAAGAAACUUCAGACAUGCACACGACACUUCUACGAGUUGUGUUGGAGCUUUCCAUAGAAUGCUAAUUUUAAAAAUGUACUGACUUGACUUUAAUGCACAGUUUGAGACAAGGCAAAUGUCUCCUUUCUUAUAUAUCGCCUCACCCACCGCCGACGUUCUCUGGCUGAUCGUUUUACUGGUAGCAUGUUUCACUCCUUGGUAUUUUGCCACCUGGAAGUCUCAUGACCAAGCUAUAGGAGAAAAACAAUUCUGCAAUUAAUUUUCCUGUGGUAUUUUUAGCCAAAUGUUUGUAUCAGGUGUGUUGUUUGAUUGGUCAUCCAGUACAGUAAUUAUUGCUCCUGUGAUAAACACAACUGUUUUGAGCCCUUUGAGUUGGUCUUUCUCCUAAUCUCCAAAGAUUUUCCGGGACACCCAUAUAUCUGAAAACAUCCGUAAGAUGACAAAAAUAUUUUGCAUAUAUUACUGUACAUUGUGAUAUGAUACUAUUAAAUCUUUAGUCACAAACACCACAUUUAUACAAAUUCCGACUGCCUAUUGAUAUACUGCAUUUGUGUUUUUUUUUUCUUUCAUAGUAUUUUUCAGUACAUCUUCAGCUAUCAAGAAUAUUGACCAAACUGUGAAUUGUUUUUACCAGUAAGGGUAUUUUUUGACCAAAAUUUUGAACCUCUCUUUAGAAUCGUGACAAUUCACACUUUAUUGAAUAGCCCUUUAUGUGUGUGUGUGUGUAAUGCAUUUAUGUCAUUAUAACCAAUAUAAAUAUAGCUCAAUGCACAGUUACUAUCUAUGGUAUGUAGUACUAAACAGGUGUUUAUAACAAAUAAGUCCUACAUUGUAUUUCUAUACUAAGCUGGAAGUUAAUUUUCAAACAUUAAUUAUGUGUUAACUUUUAGCUUGAGAAAUUGAUUUUAGGCUUUUCAGUAUCCCAGGAUUCUUAAAGGACCACUAUAGUGCCAGGAAAACAUACUCGUUUUCCUGGCACUAUAGGGUCUUUAGGUUCCCCCCUACCCUCAGGGUCCUACUCCCGCCAGGCUGAAGGGGGAGGAAGGGGUUAAUCACUUACCUUUCUCCAGCACAGAGAAACCUUUCUCUGAAACUGCUAUGCUUACAGCUGCAGGGUUAACCCUAGAUGGACCUGGCACCCAGACCACUUCAUUGAACUGAAGUGGUCUGGGUGCGUAUAGUGGUCCUUUAACCAAAAAAUAAUGUUCACGAUCUGAAAUGUGUUGUGUUACAUUUGGCUUUAGAUGUGUUGUGUUGUGUUGUGUUACAUUUGGCUGUCAUGUAAUAGGCUGUGCUCAAUAAUGGCUCUGUUCCUUAUCUGCAUAUUUUCGUAAGCCGCUUUGGACCAAAAAAGUGCCCAUGCGUGCAUAUGUGUGAUGAUGGGUGUGCCUUUUCCAAUGUUUUUAUGAGACUUAUGUUGAAAAAUCCUAAACUUCCAACAUGAAUGCCGAAUACAAAUGCAAUUUAUCACACCAAGCACGAUUUUCAAUAAAUUGCUGUAUUCUGUUACUCUGUUCGGUAGAAAAUGUGUGCUAAUCAUCGUACCACGAACACACAGCUGGCUUUAGUUCCGUGGUGUAAUGCAACAUCAUAAAAAUACCAUUAGUGAGCUGGCUCAAAAUAAUUGCUCUUUUUAUAGUUCCAAAAUCUUGGAUGAGACAUGUGGUAUUUAGUUAUUGUUCCUCUGGAAUAAAAACACAACACUACCACUCUAUGGAUAUUUCUACAGGGAAAUAUCUUUCACCCAUGUGGGUGGCAUAUACUUAGUUUAGUUUGCUUUCUGCGUUGACAUUCUUUAAAAGGUCAGUCUAAGCACCAUAGCAAUAUAGCAUUGCUAAAAAGAUUAAGUGCACCAACUUCUGACAGUGGCUUACAGCACAGUGAUUUAUAAAACUCACCGCAGCUAUAAGGCCGGCCCCUUGGCUCAUAGAAAGCAAAGGAGGAGAUUUUACUUCCUCCUAUGAUGUGUCAGUUUUGUCUAACAUAUACGUCACAUAUAUGCCACACACUAGUAGGAAAGGUCUCUCUCCUCCCCAGAGAGGCUGAACAAACUUUAAAGAUUACCACACACAACCCAUUUGUAAACUGUGCUGUGUGAACACUGAUAGCAACAGAGCAACUUUAAUCAGUUGAUAGAACAGUUUCAUUCCACAGUUCCAACAGUUCUAAUGUGUUGAUAGAACAGGUCCAUUCAUCCUAUGUGAUAAGUGGUGCUGUUUCAUAAAUUACUUAUCCCAUAAACUUCUGCUUGGCCAGCUGUUUAUGGCAUUAGAUAAGACCCCAUAGAGCAGAAUAAGAGACACGUUAUGAUGGAGAAUUUUCCUGGUUAGUGAAGAGGAGUCUGCCUUUGCAACUUCAAGUCCUCUGAUAGUGUUUAUUAAUUGUCAUUUUCUUUUGUCAACAUUGCUUUUGUAUAUAUAAAUAUAUUUUUUUAGAAAAUGAAAAUGUGUUGGGUUGUUACCCAUUAUUUCCCUUUAAAUUAAAAUAUAAGAAAAUAUAUUGAUAAGAAGUGGUAGCUGUUACGAAAUUGCUUUUCUAAACUAUUUUAGUCAUCUAUGAAUUAGGCCUAAUGUGAGUCCACAUAUUUUCAUUAAUGUAACAAGAGUCCGAUUCCAAAAUCCAGUUAUUUGACUACUGAUGAAUGAAGGUAACUGGUUAUUUAGUCAAGCAGUAGGUGAAAAACUGCACUCGAUAUAUCCUGGUCAAUGUUUUGAUAUUUCAUGAUAUAGUUCAGUGGUGGCGAACCUAUGGCACGCGUGCCACAGGUGGCACGCCGAGGCCCCUCUGUGGGCACGCGGCCAUAGGAAGCCGGAGGGAGGGAGGGUGCGCUCCGCAGGCGCAUCCAUAAGGCGGCACAAGUGGCCGCCUUAGGGCGCACCGGCCCGGCGGGCUCAAAACCGUAUUGACCGGCAGGAGGUGAGCGCAGAGCGCACAGCGCUCCCUCCUGCCAGGCACUCUGUGUAGCGUGGCCGAGCGCACCACGGUACAGGAACUUAUGUUUCCUGUACCGGCGGACGGAAAUGAAGUGCUCACAGAGAGAGCACUUCCUGUCCGCCGGGUACGAAACAGCUCCGCGGUGCGCUCGGCCAUGCUACAAAAGGGGAGGGGGAAAAAACUGAGGUGGAAACUGAGGGAGGGGGGGAGGAGGAGGCACUGAGGGGGAGAAAAGGGGAAGAUAGAACUGAGGGGAGAUGAGGAGAGAUGGGGAACGAGGAGAGAUGGGGGAACGUGAGACUGAGGGAAAGAGGGGGGGAACUGAGGGAGGGGGGAACUGAGGGAGAGAUGGGGGAGAAAACUGAGUGUGGGAUGGGAGAAAAAAAAUGAGGGAGGGAUGGGGGGAAAGAAAACAGUGUGGGGGGGAGAAGGGGGAUGACAUACACACAGCACCCCUGCCCUACACACAUCACCCCACACAAAGACACACACACACACACACAUCACCCCACACAAAGACACACACACACACACACAUCACCCCACACAAAGACACACACAUCACCCCACACAAAGACACACACAUCACCCCACACAAAGACACACACAUCACCCCACACAAAGACACACACAUCACCCCACCCACACAUCACCCCACCCACACAUCACCCCACCCACACAUCACCCCACCCAAACACAUACACUGUGUGUGUGUAAUUAGCAGUCUGUGUGUGUGUGUGUGUGUGUGUAUUUAGCAGUCUGUGUGUGUAUUCAGCAGUCUGCUAAAUACAGACAGACUGCUAAAUACACACAGACAGACUGCUGAGCACACACACAUAGAUGUUAGAUGUAGUUCGGACAACUGUAUGAGUUGUUUUUUCUAAACUUAAACCUCAGUAUUCAGGUUUAAUUGCCGUUUUGACACUUUGAGGGGAAAAAAAUUGGCAUGUAUUACGGUUUGGGCACUCGGGCUCAAAAAGGUUUGCCAUCACUGAUAUAGUUAGUAAUUCAGCGUUGAAUAUAUUUAUGUCAUUGAAAAAACGCUAGUUUCAAACCCUUAUUUGUAUGCUGAUACAAUGAAUUACAAAACUAAACCUAUUGUCAGAGAUAAAAUAAAUAGAUAUCUGGGUUUGGACAGAUGCUAUAGGUUGUUCCAGGUCAGUUGUGAAACACCCAAAAAAGACAUUACUGAAUGUUUCACAGUUAAUUAAAAUUGCCACAAACAUUUAUAUUCUAACAAACAAAACAAGACAAAAAAACAAACAAAAACAAAGCAUUGAGCAUACAUGUCCUUUAUAACUCUCUUUAUAUAAUGUGGAGACUCACAUUGUUUUCAUUAGGAAUUGGAUGAUUUAUCACGUUAAGGUAUUUUCUGUGUCUCUCACACUUUUCCCAUUGCAAUGGAAGCCCCUUUGACACUCAAAUGUGUCACUAUUUUACAACUGAUAAAUAUUCUAGUAUUAUAAAAGGAAUCAACACAGUAAAGGAGGAGACUAUAUUUAAAAGAAGAAAAACUACCACAACAAGAGGACAUAGUCUUAAAUUAGAGGGACAAAGGUUUAAAAAUAAUAUCAGGAAGUAUUACUUUACUGAGAGGGUAGUGGAUGCAUGGAAUAGCCUUCCAGCUGAAGUGGUAGAGGUUAACACAGUGAAGGAGUUUAUGCAUGCGUGGGAUAGGCACAAGGCUAUCCUAACUAUAAGAUAAGGCCAGGGACUAAUGAAAGUAUUUAGGAAAUUGGGCAGACUAGAUGGGCCGAAUGGUUCUUAGCUGCCAUCACAUUCUAUGUUUCUGUAAAAGCAUCACUGUCCAAAGCAGGGCCAGACUGGGAAUAAAAAGCAGCGCUAUAAAUAACUAUACUAGCUGUGAGAUAUACAGGUGGAAAAAAAGAAAACAUUGAAAAUGAUUUAAGCAACAAGGAGAGCACUCACGGGACCAAAAAAUAAGCAAUAGAGCUUCUUUAUUCUAAUCAGAUGUGCAACAUCUUACAGUCAACGUUUCAUUCCUAUAACCCUGCCGUCUUGUGAAAAGUCCAGUUACUAGAGUGAAACAUUGACUGAAUGCUGCUACAUGUCUGGUUUAAAUAGAAGUUUGGUUUAGUCUUAAACCCUACGAGUGCAUUCUUCGUUGGAUAGAGUUUGAUAUAUUGAGAGAAACAAAGAGUUUUUGUAAAUUAAAUCUAAAUGGCAAAAUUUAGGCUAAAGUAGUCAACCUGGAGAAUUUGGCAAAUCUGCUAUUUUGGUCUAAAUUAUACACAUCAGAUUUUUGCUUCCUAAAAUACAAAAUUUAGUGAAUAACCCUGUGACGAAUGUGAAACCCUUUUACACUUUAUAUGUGCGUAAUUUCCGAGUGUAUCACACAUGUCUAUUAAUGUAUGUGUAACUUACUGAUGUUUGUUUAUAUUAUAAACACAAUCAUUUAUCAAAUUUGUCCAUCUCAGCAAUUCCAUUGGGAUUGGGAGGCUAUUGCGCAUGUGUGGCAAAACGUCUCACGGCACGCAUCAGCAUCUCCUCAUGGCACGCAUCAGCAUCUCCUCUGUGAGAAAAGUUCAGGGCCUCCAUGCAAAGCAUGGAGACACUGAACAUCACUGGACAAGGAAGCACCUCUAGAGGCCAUCUGAGUAAUUGCCACUAGAGGUGUUACUAGGCAGUAUUGUUAGCCCUGCAUUUUCUCAGAAAAGCCUGCAGGACAGACUGUAGACAUCAAAACUACUACAUUAAGCUGUAUUAAUUCUGGUGAUUAUAUUGUCCCAUACAUACACUGACACGCAUACACUUGCACACAAUUAUUAUUAUUUAUAAAGCGCCAACAAAUUCUGUAGUGCUAUACAAUGGGUGGACUAACAGACACGUAUUUGUAACCAGACAAGUUGGAUACACAGGAAAAGAGGGGUUGAGAACCCUGCUCAAUGAGCUUACAUGUUACAGGGAGUGGGGUAUAGUGACACAAAAGGUAAGGGUAGGGUAGAAAAGUAGGUUGCUAGGAUAGUAUUCACUGACUGUUUAGUGUUUUGUUUUGUUGACAGUUACAGGAGAGGAAUCAGGGUGCGGGUAGGGAAUGCUGUUGACAGUUUAGUUUUUAUAUUUUCCUGAAGAAGUAAGUUUUCAAAGAUUUUGUGAAGGAGCAGAGACUGGAUGAAAGUCUAACGAAGAAUGGAAGGGAGUUCCACAGCAAUGGUGAAGCCCGAGAGAAAUCUUUAAGGCGAGCAUCAGAGGCAGGGCCGUCCUUAACGCGGGGCAAAAGGGGCAGCUGCACCAGGCCCAGUUAGUCUUAGGGGUCCCAAAGCCCUCCGGCCGCCGUGGUGCAUGCGGCCGGCGUGGAACUACCACCGCGGGCUGCGCGAUGUGGGGGCUCAUCGGGUGGCCAAUGCUCUACGGGCCAACCGAUGGCGAUGGAUUUUCAGGGGCCCGGCCGCUUUGAGAGCGCGACCAGGCCCCCUGUGAUGAUGUCAGGAUGCUGGGAGGAAGUGACAGCCGGUCACUUCCUCCCAGCAUUCACCGAGCGCCGCGCGGGAGGAGGAGAAGAAAAGGAGGGAGUCAGAGUGGGAGCUCUGACUCCCAUCAGCCUGAGCCAGCCUCCUGAACUCCAAAGGUAGGAAACACAUAAAAAAAUGUGCAUGUAUGUAUGUAUCUAUCUGUUUGUAUGUACGUAUCUGUAUGUAUGUAUGGGUCUGUCUGUUUGUAUGUAUCUGUAUGUAUGUAUGUAUCUGUAUGUAUGCAUGUAUGUAUGUAUGUGCCUGUCUGUCUGUUUGUAUGUAUCUGUAUGUGUCUGUUUGAAUGUAUAUAUAUGUAUGUGUGUAUCUGUUUGUAUGUAUGUAUGUAACUGUUUGUAUGUAAGUGUCUGUUUGUAUGUAUGUUUCUGUAUGUAUGUAUGUAUGCAUGUGUGUAUCUGUUUGUAUAUAUGUUUGUGUGUCUGUUUGUAUGUAUGCAUGUGUAUCUGUUUGUAUGUGUGUUUCUGUAUCUGCAUGUGUCUCUAUAUGACCCUGUGUAUGUGUUUCUGUGUGUCCGUAUUUGUGUCUUUGAAUAUAUGUGUAUCUGUGUGUCUCUGUGUCUGUUUGUAUAUGUGUAUGUCUAUAUGUGUAUAUGUUUGUAUGUGUAUCUGUGUGUAUGUUUGAAUGUGUGUCUGCAUGUCUUUGUAUCUGCAUGUGUGUGUGUUUGUAUCUGUGUGUGUGUCAUUCUGUAUAUUUGAAUGUGUAUCAUUCUGUGUGUACGUGUAGCUGCAUUUGUAUCUGUAUAUGUGUCAGUGUCUGUAUCUGUGUGUAUCUGUGUAUCUGCAUGUGGAUCUGUGUAUGCAUCUGUAUGUUAUUGUGUGUAUCUGCAUGUAUGUCACUGUGUUUGUUUGUGUGUUAGUGUUUCUGUUUAUCUGCAUGUUUGUCAGUGAGUGCAUCUGUGCAUCAGUGUAUGUAGGUGUGUCAGUGUGUAUCUGCAUGUGUGUCUGUGUAUGCACUUGUGUGUCUGUGUAUGGCUCUAUGUAUGUCUGUACCUGUGUAUGUGUGCAUCUCUAUGUAUGUCAGUGAUUGCAUCUGUAUAUGUGUUAGUGUGUGUAUUUUGUCUCAGUGAAAAAUGAGAGGGCUAAGUGUGUGGUUUUUUUUUUAUAUUUGUGUGGGCGUUGAUGGUGUGAUUGCAUGCUAGGAAGAGGAAGGGCUAGGUCAAGGGGCCCCAAGCAAACACCUGUCCAGGGCCCAAUUAGUAUUAAAGACGGCCCUGGUCAGAGGUAGGAGUACGAACGGAGGUUAGACGUAGGUCUUCGGCAGAGCAUAGGGGCAUAGACGGGACAUAUUUGUGUAUUAGUGAGGACAGGUAGGUGAAGUCAACAUAGGAACUGACAGAGGGGGUAGGUGUGAGAGGUGCAGGUGGACAGGAAGAUGAUCCUAACAACUGCAUUCAUUAUCGACUGUAAUGGGCAAGUUGGGAACACGUAGGACCACUGAGAAGUGGGUUACAGUAGUCAAGACAAGAAAUCAUCGGCAUGGAUAAGCACCUUAGCGUUAAAUAGGGGCGCAUGCGCGUUAUGAUGGAAGCAGCAGGAUUUGGCAAUCGACUGGACAUGAGCAGUGAAGGAGAGGUUGGAGUCAAAGAGAACACCUAGACAGCGAGCCUGCGAGGUAGAGCUAAUGGUAGAGCCAUUGACAGACAAGGGAGUAGCAACUCUUGAGGGAGCGAAGACCAGAAGUUAUGUUUUGGGCAGGUUACGUUUAAGGAAAUGAGCAGCCAUCCAGUUGGGAAUAGAAGAGAGACCUUCAGAGCAGUGGCGUCUCUAGGAUUCAUUUUUAGGGGAGGGCACAUGGUGGGCCAGGGACAAAAGUAGGGGGGCACAUUUAACCCCGCCCUCACCGAAGUUUGACCCCGCCCCUGCUGCAUUUUAAGCCCCGUCCCUGUCACAAUGUGUUUUUUUUUUUUUUUUUUUAUAAUUCCUGGUGGAAAAUCCAUUAUUUCACACCAAGGAUUAUUAAAAAACAAACACAUUUCCCUUGAUACAGUCCAUACACACACACACACACACACACACACACACACAGACUGCUGAGUCCUUACACACACAGAGACAGCUGAGUCCAUACAAACACAGACACAGACUGCUGAGUCCAUACACACACACAGAGACUGCUGAGUCCAUACACACACAGAGACUGCUGACCAUACACACACACACACACACACACACAGACCUUACAGACACACAGACUGCACGAGUCCAUACACACACACACACAUAAGCACAGACUGCUGAGUCCAUACAAACACGAACACAUAGACUGCUGAGUCCGCACACACACACACACAGACUGCUGAGUCCAUGCACAGACUGCUGAGUACACACACACACACACACACACUGCGGUCCAUACACACACACACAGGAACACAAGCACACAGACUGCUGAGUCCCACACACACACAGACACAAACACAGACUGCUGAGUCCAUACACACACACACACACACACACACACAGACUACAGGUCAGCGCACACACACACACACACAGACUGCUGAGUACAUACACAUACAUACACAGACUGCUGAGUCCAUACAUACACACACACACAGAAUGCUGAGUCCUCACACACACACACACAGACUGCUGAGUCCACACACACACCGACUGCUCAGUCCAUACAAACACAGACACAUAGACUGCUGAGUCCCUACACACAUACACAGACACAGACUGCUGAGUCCAUACACACACAGAAACACACACACACACACACACACACACACAGAGACUGCUGAGUCCAAACACACACACAGACUGCUGAGUCCAUACACACACACAGUGGCGUACACAUGACCCAUGGGGCCCCGGUGCGAAAAUUGAUCCAUGGGCCCCCCCCACCCCCCUCAGAGAAACUGCUAUGUUUAUGAAUGGGUUAAGCCUUCCCCUAUUUCCUCUAGCGGCCGUCUCAUUGACAGCCGCUAGAGGCGCUUGCGUGCUUCUCACUGUGAUUUUCACAGUGAGAGCACGCCAGCGUCCAUAGGAAAGCAUUAUGAAUGCUUUCCUAUGUGACCGGCUGAAUGCGCGAGCAGCUCUUGCCGCACGUGCGCAUACAGCCGACGGGGAGGAGAAGAGGAGGAUCGGAGGAGGAGAACUCUCCGCCCAGCGCUGGAAAAAGGUAAGUUUUACCCCUUUUCCCCUUUCCAGAGCCGGGCGGGAGGGGGUCCCUGAGGGUGGGGACACCCUCAGGGCACUAUAGUGCCGGGAAAACGAGUAUGACUUUAAGGACCACUACAGACACCCAGAUCACAUCAGCUCAAUGAAGUUGUCUGGGUGUCAGGUCCCUCUAGUUUUAACCCUGCAGCUGAAAGCAUAGCAGUUUCAGAGAAACUGCUAUGUUUCACUGAGGGUUAAUCCAGCCUCUAGUGGCUGUCGGCUGGAGAAAGGUAGAGAUGCUGAAGACACACACACACACACUUACAGACGCAUACACACUAGCUAACAGACACACACAUUUACUGACAGAGACACAGUCAGCGACAGACAUACAUACACACUCACUUACAAAACAUACACUCUCAUUGACAAAAACACACUCACUAACAGACAUCAAACAGACUCACUAACACACACUCAGUAAGACACACACAGUAACACACUCACUGACACUCACUAGCAGACACACACACUAACACUCACUCUAACACUCACACACACUAACACUCACUAGCAGACACACACACUAACACUCACUCUAACACUCACUCACACACACUAACACUCACUCUCACACACACACACACACACUCACACACAAACACUCACUCUAACACUCACUCUAACACUCACUAACACUCACUAACACUCACUCAAACACUAACACACACUAACACUCACUCACACUAACACUCACUCACACUAACACUCACUCACACUAACACUCACUCACACUAACACACUAACACUAGUUGUUUUUUUUUUAAAUGUAAUCCCCCCAGCCUCCUUACCUUUUGGAGUGCUGGGGGGAUUCCCUGUGGUCCAGUGGGGCUGCUGGGCGGGUGGCCGGUCGGGCAGGCAGGCGGGCGCGUGAGGGAGCACUUUCCCCUGAGUGCUUCCUCUUCAGCUCCCUCGCGCGCCGCGUAGGGAUGCCGGCGCCGGAAGAUGACGUCAUCUUCCGGCUCCGGUAUCAGUGCGGUGUGCGAGGGAGCUGAAGAGGAAGCACUCAGGGGAAAGUGCUCCCUCGCGCGCCCGCCUGCCCGAUCGGCCACCCGCCUUCCGGGUGUCAGCAGGGCCAGCCUCGGGGGGCCCUGGGGUGGCCGGCUCCUGGGCCCCCCAGGGGAAGAGGCUGGCCCUGUGGCUACAUACCGGGUCGCAGGGGCGGCCGGGCCCCCUGGUGGGCCGGGCCCGGUCGCAGCCGCGACCCCUGCGACCCUGGUAUGUACGCCACUGCACACACACACACAGACAGCUGAGUUCAUACACACAGACAGACUGCUGAGUCCACACAUACACACACAGAGAGACUGCUGAGUCCAUACACACACACAGACUGCCGAGUCCAUACACACACACACACAGACUGCUGAGUCCAUACACACACACACUCACUGCUGAAUCCAUACACACACACACACACACACAGACUGCUGAGUCCAUACACACACAGACACACAGAAUCCAUACACACACACACAGACUGCUGAGUCCAUACACACACACAGACAGCUGAGUUCAUACACACAGACAGACUGCUGAGUCCAUACACACACACAGACUGCUGAGUCCAUACACACACACGCACACACACACACAGACUGCUGAGUCCAUACACACACACACUCACUGCUGAGUCCAUACACACACACACACAGACUGAUGAGUCCUUACACACACACACACACUGCUGAGUCCAUACACACACAGAGACUGCUGAGUCCAUACACACACAGACAGACUGCUGAGUCCAUACACACAGACAGACUGCUGAGUCCAUACACACACAGACAGACUGCUGAGUCCAUACACACAGACAGACUGCUGAGUCCACACACACAGACUGCUGAGUCCAUACACACACACACACACACACAGACAGAGACAGACGCUGAGUCCACACACACACACACUGCUGAAUCCAUACACACACAGAGGCUACUGAGUCCAUACACAAAUACAGACUGCUGAGUCCAUACACACAAACACAGACUGCUGAGUCCAUACACACACACACAGACUGCUGAGUCCAUACAAACACACACAAGCUUCCUCACUAGCAGACACACACACACACACACAAGGCUGAGCAUAUUAAGCCUACUUGUCACUGGAGCCUGUUGCUGGGGGUCAGACAGCCAUCUUCUGGCCUUUCCAGCAGCAGCAAGGGCUGCUGCUUAACGGCGUGGCGUGGCUUAUGUGUGGGAGGUGGGGCUUGGUUUGGGGGCAGGGCCUGUGCCGGGGAAGCUGCUGAAAACACCCAGCAGCGUUCUAGCUCCUCUUUCCUGCAUUCCCUUGGGCUGUGACACACUGUUACAGUCCGAGGGAAUAGAAUUGAAGCACAUGCCCAGCAAGUUGCUGGCAUUUGGGGGGGCACAGCAUGAUGUAGGGGGGCCAUGGCCCCCCCCUAGCGAUGCCACUGCUUCAGAGACACGAGUCAAGAAGGGUGGUGAGAAAUCAGGGGAGGACAGGUAGAUUUGCGUGUCAACUGCAUAGAAAUGAUACUGGAAGCCAAAGGAGCUGAUGAGUUUACAAUGGGAGACAGUAUAGAUUGAGAACAAUAGCGGACCAAGGACAGACCCUUGGGGAACACCAACAGAGAGGGAUUGGGGAGAAGAGGCAGAGCCAGAGACAGAAACACUGAAAGAGCACUGGGAGAGGUAAGAAGAGUACCAGGAGAGAGUAGUAUCUCAAAAGCCAAGAUUACGGAGGAUGAGAAGGAGCUGUUGAUAAUCAACAGUGUCAAAAGCAGCAGAAAGAUCAAGGAGAAUUAGAAUAGAGUAGUGGUCACAGGAUUUUGCAGUGAUAAGAUCAUUAAAUACUUUGGUCACAUCUGUUGCAACAGAUUGAAAUGGGUCAAGCAGAUAGCUGGAUUCGAGGAAGUCUGUGCAAUCACCAAUGGCAUACACUGGCACACAUAUAUACAGUGUGACCCAUACAAACACACUGACACAAAUUGAUCCUUACUGACAGAGACACAGUUACCCAUACAAACACUGGCACACACUUACAUGCACUCAUUAACACACACUGGCACAAAUUGCUCCAUACUGACAUACACAUGAUCAAUACUGACACACACAUUGAUCAAUACUGACACACACACACCCACAUACACACACCUACAUACACAAUGAUCCAUACAGACACACAUUGAUCAGUACUGACGCACAUUGAUCAGUACUGACACACAUAUUGAUCCAUUCCCACACCCACACACACCUACAAACACACUGAUCCAUACAGACACACACACACACACACACAGAUCCAUACUGAUACACACACAGUGACCCAUACAAACACCGACACUCACAUACUGCUCAUUGAAGCGCACACAGAUAUUAGUCAUGUUCUCAGCAUAGUGCAAGUUCCUUGAUGUUUGAAGAAAACCGGCAGGACUGUGCGGCCCCAAGUGCCGCAGCCAACCGGGAAAUUUCCUGGUAUCCCAGUAUUACGGUUCGGCUCUGGUCUUACGUUAUGAAAGAACUAAUAACACCUAAUACAUUCCACAUGGAAAGCAAUUGCAUCUUCUUCAACAAAUUAUGUUCUAAUAGAAAAUGAACAAAAGUGUGGACACACACACACACACACACACAUAUAUAUAUGUAAAAUAAGCAGAUAUAAUUUAAAAAAUAAACUAUAUGUUGGGGGAAUUAAGAGGUUUUGAAACUAUUUGUUAUUAAAACAUGUUCAGUAAUUUCAAACAGAUUUAAGUUUAUCUCUACUGGUUUACUAGGGAUUUUGGCAUGUAUGCUACAGAGUAUGGGAAGAUAAUCAUUAAAGUGUAAGAUGUAUUUUCCAGGCACUAAAUGUGGCUGCGUGGAAUAAUAACUUAUAGCCAAUCUGUCAAACAAAGCGUUUUCUUAAACUUGAUCUCCAAGGGCUUUGUUCAGUAAGCAGCAAAUCAUGGCAAAUAAAAACCUGAAUUUGGUAAUUUUGGGCCAAAACAGGCAAGCUGGGAAUAAAUAUCAUUAAAGGAGCUUUUUCCAUCUUGAUUAUUUUUGUUCACAUUUCACAAAUAUAAACAAAUUCCAUGGUGUCUCAAAUGUUUGUCACAAUGAGAAACAAAGAGAAAACCGAAAAAAACUAAAGUUUUUUUAAUAUAAAUUUGAUCAAAUAAAAUAACACAUAUAACACAAAGUUGUCUCUGUUUACAGCAAUAGUGACCCAAUUAAUAUGCGAAUUUGGUAACAAUGGUAUUUUCUGAGGUUUAGCUCAUCUGAGAGGAGCUUUUAGUAGUUGAGAUGGCUGAAGAUAAAUGGUGAGAAAGAACUUAUGGGGUACCAUAAACUGCUGAAAUAGUGGGGUAAUGGUUUAUGUAAAGUAUAUCAGAUGCUUAACCAGGGGUGGAUCCAGAACCUAAUCUCGGGAGGGGCACUGGUAGAUUAUUUAAAAAAACAAUAAAGGCACAAUAACCACAACAGCUCUUUGUAGUGGUUAUGGUGCCAGGAGUGCUGUGGCACCCUCCCAGAGUAAGUAGUGAAACCAUUAAAGAACCAUUUGACAACUUACCUGUGGUCUGCCGGGAUAGGUGCUGUAGUUUGGGAUAGGGGCAGUAGUGUGUGUAUGUGUGUGAGGGGUGCAAUGUGUGAGUGUGUGUGUGAGUGGUGAAGUGUGCGUGUGUGCAAUGUGUGUGCUGGAUGCAGAGUGUGUGUGUGAGGGGUGCAGUGUUUGUGAAAGGGGUGCAUUGUGUGAGUGGUGCAGUGCCUGUGUGUGGGGUACAGUGUGUGUGUGGGAAGGGUGCAGUGUGAAUGUGUAGGGAGUUAUUGUGUGUGUGUGUGGUGGUGGUAGGGGGAAGAUUAAAGCGAAUAUAUAUGUGGUUUGUAAUUAAAAUAAAUAUACUAAAUAUUAGCUCCUGGGCCUAGAGUUUACUCUCGUGAAAUAACUGCGGCAAUGAUCCAAGCUCGCGAGAGGAGAACCCGACAAAGCUGCAGGUCCCGGGUCCUGUAAUUCCUCUCCCGGCUGCCCAGCAAAGUGCCUUUGGGCUGGUGAGGGAGAUCUCUCCUCUGAUCCGUGAAGGCACUCAGCAGGGUUGACAGAGGAGAGAAACAGAGAGCUUCUCGGGGGGGUGGAUCCGCCACUGAGCUUAACAGCUGUAGGCAACCAUCAGCACUCCAGAUGACGAAUACAUAUCCCUUCAUGCUUUGCCAGCAUUAUAGCUGUAAGAUGUUGCCUAUCCCUGAUAUAGGGUACUUUAGUAGAGGGAAUUUCUACUACCUUGCAUGGGGCAUUAUAUAAUCUCUUAAGGUUAGGGAAGUACCACUGGGACCACCUACCUUUGCAUUAAUAUAAGGAAGGUAAGAUUUCAUGGGCCAAAAUAUCCAUACCUACCUUUACUUCUUAAUGGAGAAAAUGGUAUAUAUUAAUAAAUUAAGACCUAAGACCCAAGGCUACAACAAUAUGUCAAGAAAGAAGCAAAUCAUGGAAAGUAAAAAUCGAGAUUUAUUUAAAAAACAAUUUCAACAUACAUUUACAAAACUGGAAAUUGGCAUAAUAAAUAUUUCUAAUUAAACUAUAAUUAUUUUUUCAAGGGUAAUGAAAUCAAGAGUGUUUUCGGCAUUGUUGGAGAAGUUAUGAAAAACGGUACCUCGGUUACAAAAAAGAGAAGCAAAGCCACCAGCAGUGUAACUACUUAUGAGAAAUGUUCCCAUUUAUGCAAGGAAACGACUUCGAGCCUAAAAGAAAAAAAAUAUAACAUGUGCAGUAAGUGCUGAUUUAUAAGAAACAAUAUGUGUUAAUAUAACGGAAUCCAAGUGGAGUGAGGCUCAUUAGUUAUUUACAGGCACCUAUAACUGCCCCAUAUACUGUGCAUUGGAGAAGCUGAUAAUGUUUGGAAUCUUCAGGCCUGCCUACCCACCUCUUGUGAAACAUGUUCUCUGGGAGUUGCAUGGGACCUUUAUAAUUCACUUUUUUUUACAUUCAAGAAUGUGCCAGCAUGUUCCAGCCAUUAAAUGGAUCCAUGCAUUUUCCUCUGCAUGGAUAGAAAUCAUAUGGGACUACAAGGCCCAUCUUAUGACUGGAGGAGGUAUGUCCAUACAUGCACGCAGAGAUAUUUUUGCAUCAACUAGGGUAUGUCAUACCUGCCGAUCCUGCCUGUACAUCUUCUUGGAUGAAGGUGAACAGGGAAGAGAGCAGGCCAGUGGUGACCCUAGGAACAAAAUAUAGGGGGGAACUUAAAAUAUCACAGUCAAAACUGGGGGAAGGGGGGAUGGGAAGCACUCAUAAUUUCCCCUUGGGGGGUAACAUGUUGUGUCGGUGGUGUCAGACAACACAUUUGCACAGAAGUCACACCUGCCACCAGGGAUUCUUUUUCUGUGCAGACCAAUAACAACCCUUAAAGUUACUCUUUGAACUGUUUAGUAGAUAACUCUCCUAUUUGCUAUCUUUAUGUGGGAUUACCAUAUUUAAAGGACACCAAAAAAGUCAGCUAUCUGCUAACAGCACAAACAUGUGUUAUCUUUAAAUAUGCUAAUUACACAUAAGGCUACAAAUUUAGGGAGUUAUCUACUAUAUACAUGCAUGUUUUCAUGCAUACACACAUAAUCACAGACAUCCCCCCCCCCCCGAUUCCCCCUCCCACACACACACAGUGGAUCUUCUCUCUGGUGGUUAGUGGGUUUCUGCUGGGAAAAAAAAUGUAAGAACAUCAUAAAUCAACAAAUGCAGGUCAUAGGAAAGAACUGGAUUCAAUGCUUACCUAUGAGAAGUAUUUGAUUGAAUGAGGAGGAUUUGGAUUGGAAAUCAUUUAAGUAGGGCCACCUCCAUGAUGACGUUGUUGGAGGAGGAGCAGACAGUAGAACCGAGUGAGUCUUGGUGCAGGAAAAAAUGGAAGUAAAACCUUUUUCUUUUUUUUAAAUUUUCUCUUACAUGGUAACAGGAGGGGGGAAUAAUUCUAAACAUGGGUUAGGACGCUCUAGGUUAGGAAUACAUGUUUGUAUUCCUAACACUGCAGUGCUUUUUGAAGAUAAGUCACAAUUUUUGCAAAUCCCCAUUUACUAAAUACUUUAAUACCACCAAAUCUAGUACAAAAUUUAUUUGUACGUCAUCAUACAUGGCUGGUGGCUAAUAACCUUGCGGUCCACAAUUAUACACUACAGUUUUAUUUGGAUUCCCGUAGUAGAAUUUAUUCCUUUUCUUUAAGGCACACCUUUUUACUUUCUGAACAUCAUUAAUUAAUUAAUAUGCCACCCAUUGUGGUUUGAAUAGCAUCUACUGAACCUACAGUGGAUAAUGAGCCCUCGAUUUGUUUUCAUAUAGCUAUUAACUAGAAUUUUCUUUAAAAUCUUUUGGUAGGAAAUUUGCAGAUUUCUCUGAUUACUUAUGCAAGAGGUACCAAAAAAAUGUUGAAGAACAUGUUAGAAGAACAACAAAAAUCCUUGGAGUUUCUUUCUAAUCAGGUACAAUCAGUAUAUUUUUGCCUUGAUGUUAAUUUCUCUUUAGAUAGUGGUGUUCGAGGUCCAUUAGAGACUUUGAAUUUGAUCCUUGGAAGUCUAGAAAGUCAGUGUAUAGCAGAAAGAAAAGCAGAUCUAAAAUUGGGUUAGAUGGAUCUGCCAGAGGUUUGUUUCCAACAGCAACUACUUAAAUAAUCUGAAUAGUCUGGAAGAAUCAUUUCUAGAAUUUACGCAUCUAAAAAUUGACAGUGCUUCCCAAUGUCAAUUACGUCAGCACACCUUGACUAAAUAAAGUGGAAUACAAUGCCCAUCUCUGGGAUUCUAGAGUUUGCAGAUCUCAUUCCAAUUCUUAUCUGCAAUACUAAAAUUACUACUUUAUAAUAUGGUGUUAUGUUGCCUCUGCUCUUAGAGUACCUUCAGAAAGAAAAGUAAGGUCAUUGUUGCUCUGCAAUAUUCGAAAGAUAUAUUGAUCAUGUUUUGUGUUUGACAAAUCAUGUGUAAUUUGCAAAGAAAAAUAUUUAGUAGCAAAAAAUUAACAAUAAUGGUUCAUAUUGAUUGUAAUUUGCAGUAAUAAAGUUUAAUUCCUCUAUUAUUACAUCUUUAGGUGAGUGAACUAACCAAUAAGGUUCUUCUUUUGAAUGCAGAAGUCUUGAAAAAACAUAUGGAUCCCUUUCCUUUGAGACCAUUUCAAACCCAUGGUAAGAACAUUCGUACAGAGACUAUAGGUCAAUUGUUCUGCUCAAUCAUUGCCCUACCUAAGUGAAGGACUGAAGCAUUGACUUUCUACUAUGUAUUGAGCAUGUUAAAUCGGCUAUGUCAACCAAAAAAAAGAAAUGAGCAUUGACCUUUUUAUAAAGAUAAAAUCUUUAUCUACGAAAUGGUCAUAACAACUGUGUUGGAAUUUUAUUAAAUAUCAACUUAAUUUAAAUUCCAAUGCUGUCAAAAUAUAUCAUAAGACAAAGCAGGGACUACUCUGCCUUGACAAAACUUUACAAAAGGUGGUGCUACCACCGCAAACUUUUGUUACUUCCCAUAGCCAUCAUUAGCAACGGCUGUGGGAAUAAGGUACUGUUUCUCCCAUCAUAAGACAAUAUCUAUGGAGGCUCCAGUGGUUUUAUGGGAUCUUGCAUAGACAUCAGUGUUGUACUCUUGCACUUGUAUAGCAUUUACGUGAGCUCUUAAAAGAUGAAGCACCAGGAGCUGAAGAAGGCAAUAUAACUUACCUCUACUAAACUCAGGCCAUGCCUAGUGGUAAUGCAAGGAGCCCAGAAAGUGAUAAACCUUUAUUAAAUCGGCUCUGUCAUUAGGUUUGCCCCCAUCUACAAGCCUGUCAGACCAGUGCUACUUGUGACGGUUGAAUAGGGUAUCACCGUCAAGCAUUCCCUUCUUCCCAAUAAAGAAAAUCACCCAAUAUUCCACAAGCAGAAAUAUCCCUGGAAUCGCCGAAUAAUCCACACAUGAGCCAAAGCUUAAUGCUGGAACAAGACUGAUUUACUGGUACACAGGACUCACAAUUUAUGCAAUACAAAACUCCUCCUCUGAGCCAGGCAAGAUAAUUGAGUUUCUACAAUACACAAAGCUCAAUUAUCUGCUGGCCAGAAAUAUUAAAACAUUUUUAACAAUUCCAGAGAAGUACUUUUUAUAUAACAUACAAAUAUAAUAACAUCCCUGGGUAGCUUAGGAUACUGGUAGUAUCAUAUCCAAAUCCCACGAAUUUCCGGUCGGUAGUUUCCGUGUCGCCUCGUGUGGAAGUUUGACCGGCUCGCCGUGUGGAGGUGUCCGAGUUUGAGUUCCAUGAAAUUAGUAGCAAGAGCCGGUCUCCGUUCGCAUCUAACUACACGAAAACCACCGUUCGUAUGGUACAGCUGGUUACAUACAAGUGUUCCCCUCAUUCGGUAGAUUCUAUCUUCCAUGAAGACCGGGCGUUCGCAUGGUUGCCUUGCCGAAAAUAGUUCCAGGCAAUUCAUGCGUACGCCCGCUGACCACGUUCGUGAGUUUUUAAGAUGGCCGCCAUCCUUUGUUCUCGCCACGUGUUCGUAUGCAGAAUGGCGGCCACCCAGGAGCAAUUAAGUCGUGGUUUUCUCCCCGUUCUAAGGCUGAUUGCUACCCAGGGUAGGUGGUCUCUUGUUCGGUGGACGAAUACCAGCUUUCACAUAAAUAACCAAAAACCGAAUACAGAAUACAGUAUUACAACAGCAGGGAGAGGACAUAACUGAAGGCACACAGGUAAGUCCAAGAGAUCCUUCACACUACUUACUUUAUUUCAAGUUGUCCCGAUCUUGCUGGCUCUUAAUUUAUAGUGCCGCCAUGUUAGUGUGCCUAUGGAACUGGGUUCACUGUCGGGGUCCCACAAGAGCCAACACAGUGAAGUGAUGACACAAUGCUCACGGUAGUGACACAAUUCUGGAUGGAGGAGAGUACGAGGUUGAUAGCCCAUAGUAAAGUUGGUAAAGGUUGUGGUGCUUGACUAAUGUUACACCUUUUGUCAACCUUCAAGUUAUACAUAAGGCUGCGCAGGGAGACUGGUAGAACGUUACAAAAAAAAUACAAAAAAAUGAACAGAGCCAAAUUUCAUGAGCACCUUAUGCUCAAUGAUAUCAGCUUGGGUGGAAUGAUCCCCACCGAGGAUAUAUAUGAGUAGAAGUAGAAGUUGUGAUGGUCCCUGGAGAGGCUCCUUUACGAUGAUAAAAUAAAUGCAGGAUAAAAAAACAAAAAACAUAAAAUUUUAAGGGUAAAAACUAUAUUUAUGGUAACAUACCACACAAAAUGAAAUAAAAGCAAAUUAAAAAGUCCUUCUGAAUAGUCACAACUGGUUUUGCCCUUGGGUUUUCUCAAGUGAUCAAAAAACCUUUUUAACAAAUCAAACAAAAGCAAUUGAAGUAGCUCAACACAAUGAAUGCUUCAAUUUUUUCUCCAAAUUCAACUGAAACUGCAACUUCUUCAGUCUAACAAAAUAUUCAACCCCCUGAAUAGAAUCCCUCACAACACCACAAAUAUGCAAAAUAGGUGUUAUCUCAAGCACACCUGAUGCAACAAAUUAACUGCUUCGUUAGUUGCGCCAGGUGUGCUUGAGCUGGAACACUUGAAAAACCUGAACUGACUAGGGUUUUGUUGAGUGUCAUGUUUGACUGCAUGUAAGAAAUAUAGCUAAGUCAAAAGAAUGGUCCACAAAGCUAAGAGAAGAGACUAUCACCCUUCACAAACAAGUAACCGGAUACAAAAAGGUUCCUAGAGACAUGUUGGAAGCAUAGUUUGAAAGUUCAAAGUUGAAGAAACAGGAAGCUAUCAAUGGCAGAUUGAAAAAAAACCCUUGAGUGACUACAAAAGACCUGCAGCAAGACUUGCUGGCAACAGGCACUGAGUAAGUAAGGCGUGUACUAAACAUAGAAGGCUUCCAUGCCAGAACUCCAAGACGUAUACCACUACUUAUCCAAAAGUAAAAGAAAAGUUGGCUCCAAUAUGCUCAAAAUCAUAUAAAUAAGCCACAGAAGUUUUGGGAGUUCUGUGAAGCAACGAAAAAAAAAAAACCUGGAACUUUUCGGCUCAAUGGAUCAGCAGUAUGUCUGGAGGAAGAAGAACGAAGAAACAUACGCUGAAUUUUUUUUUCUGCCUACAGUUUAGCAUGGUGGUGGCUCGGUGAUGCUCUAGCGUUCCUUUGCAUCCUCUGACACUGGAAACCUGCAGCGUGUGGAUGGCAAGAUGGACCAUUCAAGUGUCAAGAAAUCCUAGGAGAAAACUUCAUGCCCUCGGUGAGGAAGCUGAAGCUUGGGCAUCAUUGCACCAUCCAACAAGACAAUAAUCCCAAGCAUACCUCAAAUUCCACCAAAGCGUGGUUGCAGAAGAAGUCCUGGAAAAUUCUACAGUGGUCAUCAGUCACCUGACUUGAACCCUAUAAAAAAUCUCUGGUGGGAUUUGAAGAAGGCGGUUGCAGCACGCAAACCCGAGAAUAUUACUGAACUGGAGGCCAUUGCUCAUGAGCAGUGGGCUAAGAUUCCUCAGUAAUGCCUUGUGUCUGGCUAUGCAUACUUACCAUGAAAGCGUUGAAUAAUUUUGAGACUGGAGAUAUCAUUAUACGUUGUAUUUUCAGUUGAAUUUGGGGAAACCACUUGAAGCAUAUGUUGUUUUGAGCUAUUUGCUUUUGUUCGAUUUGUUCAUUGCAAACCGCUGAAAGUCUGUAAAGUUUUACAAUAAACCUGAUUUUCUGAGGGGGGAUAUAUAAUUUUGAUUACAACUGUACUUCAUAGGCGUGCGCACGGGGUGUGCCUGGGCACACCCUAAUCCCCGUGGCACGCACUAUGGCACAGGCUGGGAGGGAGACAGGAGAGGACCCGGGGAGCUCUUGUCAGCAGCUCCCCCGGGUUCCUCUCGCGUCGUUGGAGCGUUGCCGCGGUAAGAUCUCGCAAGAGAGUUCACUCUCCACCGGACCACCAGGGAAGGCAGGAGCAUGGUCCUCCCUCCCUACAUAAGGUAAGAAGGGAGGGGGGAUAGUAACUAAACAGCCCCCACACCCCGACACAUUACACACAAACAGCACACACACAUACAUCACUCUUACACACACAGCACACACACACACUAACAGCACCCUCACACUAACACCCUUACACACACAGCACCCUCACGCAUACACACACAGCACACACUAACAGCACUCUUACACACACACAGCACACACUAACAACACCCUUACACAAACAGCACCCUCACCCACACACACAAAGCACACACCAACAGCACCCUUACACACAGAGCACCCUCACAGCACCCUUACACAUACACACACACAGCACCCUCACACACACAGCGCCUUCACACACACACACACACACAGCGCCUGCACACACACAGAGCCUUCACACACAGCACCUACACACACACAGCAUCCUCACACACACAGCAGUGUGUGUAUGUAUGUAUGUAUGUGUAUGUAUGUGUACACACAGCGGCGUGUGUGUUUCUGCUUUAGGGUGCACACCCUUAUACAAUAGGCUGCGCAUGCCUAUGCUGUACUUUUUUAUAUUCUGGUAAAGUGAAAUAUUUCAAUAUAUCAAAAAAGAUUCAGUAGAAUUUUUAAAAGCCAACAUUAACACUCCCCCCCCAGUUUAAACAUCUGCCAUCCAAUCUUCUUUCCCCCCCCCCCCUAACAUUUUAUUGCAAAUUCAGCAGUUUAUCCACAAGAGACAAAUAUUGGGGUUACAUAUCCGAACCCAAUUCUCUUAUUGAACCAGAUGUCAAACGUCACUGUUAAAGUGUGUAAACAUGGUCUAUAUUAGUAUAUUAAAUGCAGGUCUAUUUUUAUUAAUCUGGCCUUAUAAUUCAGUUCUUCCCACUUAUAUAAAGUUAAAUAAAGCUCUCAGUUUUUGUAAUAAUCGUCUAGUUAUAACUUAUAAUUAAACAUUUUCUUAAUCUCAUAAGCAUGCAACCCACUGGGAGUAACAAAUAAUAUUGAUGGAGGAGUAUGGUUUAAUUAUUGCUUAUAGUUAUAAUUAUAUCCGAACUAACAUCUGUUGUUGAAAAAAAACCCUAUGAUUGUUAUUAUAAUGUUAUGUUAGUCUGGGAACUGAGUAUAUUGAAAUAAUUGAGCUUACAAGUCUACAUUUGGAAUGUAAUUGAAAUAAAUACUUUAAUGAAAUAAGUAACACAGACACUUACCAUUUUCCGAACACAUGCUAACAAUUUUAAUAUUUUAUAUAAGCCAAAACAUCUAGAAUUGUGAACUGCGUAAUAUAUACCAUGUUUAAUGAAUCAUGUUCAUAGUUAACAAGUUUGAAAUUAAAGUGAUAUAUUGUUCUGUGUACUGGUUAUAUGUAAGUGAAAUUGUUUAUUUUUAUUUUAGGUUAUGAUUGUACAGAUAUUAAGGAAACUUUUGGUCCAGUUUCAAAAACCCCAAGUGGCUUAUACAUUAUACAGCCUGAAGGAUCUAAUGCUCCAUUUGAGGUAAUAAAUCAAAUUUAAAAUUGAAAUGAACAAAAACAUAUUUAUUAAAUCUAAUCUUUAUUGUGUAUUUCACACAACUUGAAUGCAAUACAAUUUUAAGAUUGAUCAGUUUAAGUAAAACAAGUAGUGAAGAAACUGGAAACAUAUCUUAAAGGACCACUAUAGGCACCCAGACCACUUCAGCUCAGUGAAGUGGUCUGGGUGCCAGGUCCAUCUAGGGUUAACCCUGCAGAUGAAAACAUAGCAGUUUCAGAGAAACUGCUAUGUUUACACUGAGGGUUAAUCCAGCCUUUAGUGGCUGUCUCACUGACAGCCGCUAGAGGCCGCUUCCACGAUUCUCACUGUGAAAACCACAGUGAGAAGAUGCUGACGUCCAUAGGAAAUGCUUUCCUAUGGGCGGUUUGAAUGUGCAUUCGGCGCUGACGUCGGCAGGAGAAGGAGAGGUCAACAGCGCCGAGGGAGCCUGACACUGGAGAAAGGUUUUAACCCCUUCAGCCCAGCAGGAGGGGAGCCACGAGGGUGGUGGGAGGGGGGGGGGGGAAUCUAAGGACUACAUAGUGCCAGCAAAACGAGUUUGUUUUCUUGGCACUAUAGUAGUCCUUUAAGAUCUACAAUUUUAUGUAGUAAGAGAGCAAAUUAGUCCAAUUACUGAAAACAUAAUACAAAUUAGCAAGUAGACUAAACAUUUUGAUAAUCCUGAUAAAUCAUUGGUCCUAUUGGGGUUAAAGUUUUUUUUAAAGGGAUAAUAAAGUGCUAGGAACACAAAGUCCUAUAGCGUUGCUGCAUGUUAUCAUAACACCACUCAGAUACAUUGCUCUGCUCGUGGGAGAAGUAAAGCCAACCUGCAGGCAGAGGAGCAGAGGAGCAGAGGAGCACUUAUACACACACACUCUCUACAGCCCCUAGCCAUACAUAUAAUACCAUACACAAAACACAACUGCAACUAAAACACAAAAAUACCACACUACAAUCACCUCAGUCUACAAAUGCAAUCCUAUAAGCACCAUACAAACACAUGUACAGUACUCUUUCCUGACCCCUUUGUCCUCUGAAACCCCACUUAAAGGAAUACUAUUGGGCUAGGAACACAAACAUGUAUUCCUGAUCCUAUAGUGUUAAAAACACUAUCUAGCCCACCUUGCUCUCCUAAAUGUAGUAACAUCUUACCUUUUACCAGUCUUUGGCUCUGCCCCUAACCUGCCUCAUUGGCUAACAUUAUCAGAAGUGAUGAUCUCAAGCAAUCACAAUGUUUUCUCAUAGGAAAGCAUUGUAUUGGCUAAGAUGGUCAAUUUUGAUGAUCUCAGACAGUGGCACAAUCCAUGGGGCCACGGUGCGAAAACUGAUCCAUGGCCCCCCACGCCCCCCCGACAGACACACACAGAUACAUACAGACACACAUACAUACAAACAGACAGGCACACAUACAUACAUACAGACCGACACACACAGGCACAGACAGGCACACACAGACAGAGACACACAAGGCACAAAUACAUACAAAGAUACAUACAAACAGACAGGCACACAUACAUACAGACAUACACAGACAGGCACACACACGCAAAGACACAUACAUACAAACAGACAGGCACACACACACAGACAGACAGACAAAGACACAUACACACAGACAGACACACACACACACACAAGAGAUACAUACAAAGACACAUACACACACACACAUAAACAAACAAACACACACACAAUGUUUAAGUCACCCUCCUGUUUCCUACCUUUUAGGUGCAGGAGGGUGACAUUCCCUGGGGUCCAGUGGUGGCUUAGGUUGAUGCGAGUUAGUUACCACUCUGACGCCCUCCUCCUUCCUCCCGCGCGGGCUCUCUGUAUGCUGGGAGGACAGCUUGUGACAUCAUCACAGGGGACCGGUCGCGCUGUUAAAGCGCCCAGUGCUGACUGGGCCCCCUGACAAUCCAUAUCCAUCGGGUGGCCCUGAGAGCAUGGGCCACCCGAUGGACCUCUUGGAGGGCGGCCCCGGCAGUUUGCCGCGCAGGCCGGGGCCGUAAAAGAUGGAGGCGGGUACCCAGUCGCAGGGGUCCGCAUGGAGGCCAGGCCCCAUGGAGUGACGGGCCCGGUCGCUGCUGCGACCCCUGCGACUGCAGUAUUACGCCGCUGAUCUCAGGAAAGGAGGCGGGCUGGGGGCCGCCCUGGCCAAUCAACAUCUCCACAUAGAGAUGCAUUAAAUCAAUGCAUCUCUAUGAGGAGAGUUCAGUGUCUAGGGUGGAGACACUGACUGUCAGUGCUGCUCACUGUGCAGCACUUCCCCUAGGAAGCAUCUGUAGCGGUUGUCUGAGGAGUAGCCAUUGGAGGUGUGCCUAGGCUGUAAUGCAAGCACUGCCUUUUCUCUGAAAAGACAGUGUUAGCUGUAAAAAUCUGGCAGGGACUGACUACACUCAACAGAACAACUACAUUAAGUUGUAGUUGUUCUGGUGACUAUGGUGUCCCUUUAAGGAGUCACCAGAGACAAGUCACAAGUAAACGCAGUGGAAGCGUGUCAUUAAAUUUGCUUGUUCUAUGCAGGGCCUUUUCUUCACGCAAGAGCUUUUUAGAAGCCGUCUGCGCAUGGCGUCCCUGGUAGUACAUUGUACCAACACUCCCUCUCUAGCCUUGCCCCCCUUGCCACUGGGCCGCUGUGAUUAAGAAAAGCCAGGGACAAUUUUUUUCCCCCAGUCCGGCCCUGCUUGUAACACAUAUUUAGGCAUAUGAGAAUCAGAUUAGAUGAGAGCCAUUGUUGAAAUUGACUGAUUUUCAUAUAGAACAAUUAGCAAGUUAAUAUUGAAAACAGUCUUGGAUACUUUACUUUGACUUUUUAUCUGCUGGGGUGCAGACAUAAUCUCACAAACUGCAAUGUUAUUUUAUUAUGCCUUAUGAGAAAAAAAAAAUAAACAGAAUGGUUUUACCACCCAUUUGUGCAAAAAGAUACUGGUUUCUGUUUGUUUACACGCUUAAACAUUACAGGGGAUGGAUGCAACAAAUAAACAGGUAUAUAAAUCCCAAGGUAAGAAGGAACAAUGAGAUAAGCACUCACCCAGAUGUCUUUUUAGGAGAAAAAAUGUUUAUAACAUAAUCUAUUUUUAAAUCCAUGGGAGGGAUGUAAGACAAUAUUUUGCAACAUUCAUAAGAAGUAAACUGUAUAGAUUUAAAACACCUUGGUGAAACUAAAAUAAACUGGGUAAAGCGUAAAUACUAAAAAUUUUUAACAAUGUUAUUUUUGUCAGGCGUUUUGUGACAUGGAUUAUAAAGGAGGAGGAUGGACUGUUAUUCAGAAGAGAAUUGAUGGCACUGUUGAUUUUCAGAGGACCUGGCUGGACUACAUGGAUGGAUUUGGGGACCUGUCAGGUAAUAUCAUCCUGAAGUGAUGUAUCCCUUAAAGCUGGAUUACCGUAUUGUCUUUUAAUUCUCAAUCUCACCCAUAAGAUCAGCCCAGAUCCAUAACUCUUGGAUAAAGGUAAAUCCUUUCUGAAAAAAUAACAACCACAGAUGAUUGUUUUGGCUUCUUAUAGAUCUCUAUCAAAUACAUUUCCUAUCACUCUGCACAGUUAUCAAAGGAUUCACAUUUAAUUUUACCCUAAUUCUCUGAGGAGAGUAAGACAUAGACCACUUGCUCACUAUGACUAGAGGGAUAUCAACAGUUCCUCUUGGACAAGGUCUGUGUAAGACUCAAACAAUCAGCUUAGGUUGCUGUGAUGUUCAUGCAGUGAAGACUUGACUGACAGUUUAUGCCAAGACUACUCAGAAGUUCCAGCUAGGUUCUUUCCCAUAGGGUUCCUGUGCCUGCUCUGUGAGGAUUUUACAUAUUUUUUAUGUUCUUUCAAAUUAUAUAACAAGAAUAUAUUCUACAGAGCUAUUAAAAAGAAAAAAAGUAAAGUUAAUACAUAAAAAAACAAAAAAACAAUAACAGUGGUCAUGGUGCCAGGAGUCCAUUGGUCCCCCCUUGCCAAUGCAAGAAAUCACACUGAUUCAGAAUAGUUUGACUUCUUACCUGAGGUCAAUCAAGUGCUGCUCUCCACCUCCUUUACAUCAACUAGAGACUCAGAAGCUCUCUGCCUGAGUCAUGCCCAGUAGUGCAGGGCCUAUCUCAUAGACUGAGAGCGAUCACCUGGUGCUCUCAGCCAAUGGGUUAGCUCCUGCAGAGGCAUACAGUGGUGCCCUAUGGAAGCCAGGUAAUAAGUCACACUGUUCUGAAACAGUUUAACUACUUACAGUGGAGUGAGGGUGGGUGCCAGGGCACUUCUAGCUCCAUGAGCUCUACAAAACACUGUAGUGGUUAUGGUGUAUGGAGUGUUCCUUUAUGAAACUGGGUAAAAGCCCUAGUUGUAAGAGUUUGGUGUGGAUACUUAUUUAAGCUUAGUAGCAAGAUUGGAAGUCCAAAAUCAUGAUAUUAAACCAUAAAUAAUAUAGAUAAACAGCACCAAAGAAGGGGUAAUUAUUAUAUAAAAUAGUCCCUAAGAGCAAUAAUAUAUGUAUAAACCAGUUGAGAUUCUUUAUAUUCAAUUCCAAAAAUCUCAAAGUAAAACAGAAACAAACAAACGGUGCAAUAUGAAAUAAUAAUGUGGGGAGUUUAAUCAAUGUGCUAAAAGACUAACUCACACUACUAUUAAGAGCUCUGGUGUAGUCAGCAUGUAGACAGCACAAUCACUGUAUAAGGAUGUAUGGUGACCAGUGAUGGUAGAUAAUCUCCACAUCCAGUGGUGGCACAAUGUUUAAAAAUUACAAAGGAAAAUCCAGUGGCACAGAAUAUUUCUGUAGAUAAAUAUUUGUCAAAUCCCGCCGCUUCUAGCUCAAAAACAUAGCUUGUGUCAGCCCCUAUCUAAUGACUGAUGCAGCCAUGGUGCUGGAUCAUACUGCUAUCAUCUCUUGACUUGACUAUUGCAUUGCACACCUGUGCAAUAAUCAUGCUGUCUAAUCAGCAUUUUGAUAUGCCACACCUGUGAGGUGGAUGGAUUAUCUUGGCAAAGGAGAAGUGCUCACUGACACAGAUUUAGACAGAUUUGUGAACAAUAUGUGAGAAAUAGGCCUUUUGUGUACAUAGAAAAAGUCUUAGAUCUUUGAAUUCAGCUCAAAAAUAGGGACGAAAACAAAAGUGUUUUGUUAACAGGCAGAGUUAACAGGCGCUGUCUUUUUGCCUCGGAGAGUUAACAGGCGCUGUGUCCCAGGAAUUCCAGCCAACAUAUCAUCCUUUGUUCGCUGCCAGACAGCUGGUACAGGUGAAAUGCCAAAAUCCUUUAACUGUAGGUACGCAUUUCUUAAGUGAAUUUUGGUGAACUGCCGGCCACCUGCCAAUCAUGCGAAAAGAUCAUCUAUCCUAGGAAAGGGACACUUAUCUAUUUGAAGCUGCAAGUUAAGAGCCAUGCAGAAAUCCCCACAAAUCCGUAUGUCCCCAUUUAUUUUUCUCAUGGGAACAAAGGCAAAGCCGACUCACUAUUGUGAACCCUGGAGAUGAUAUUCAGCUCUCUUAAUUCUGCCUCUACUCCUGCUCUUAGAGCAAAUAGUGCAUUUCUUUAAAACAUUUUGGUGUUUCUCCUACCUUUCAUUUCAAGGAAACAUUUUGGCCCUUUUACAUUUCCCAACUGGCCAUCAAACACUUGUGCAUACUUCUCUUGUAACUCUCUAAUCCAGUCUUAUCUGCUUUUUACUUAACACAUGACAUAGAUACUUAUGGCAUUCCAAGAGUCUUUAUUCAUUCCAUACUAAAACGUGAAGGCCCUCCAUUCACUAAGAUCUACAGAUGUAGUUCUUUCUUGCACUUGUUUAAUGUAACUGUGGCAGACACACACACCACACUGGUAUUAACAGCUCUUUAGAAUAUGUUUGCAGUCUCACUGUUGCCUGAAUUAUUGGCCUAUGCAUGUUAAAGGCGUUUCCAGUCUGUCAAAGAAAUCACAGAUACAGGUAAACCUGUGUCCAAAUCUAUAGUUAGUUUUUUGCCAUUCACAACAACAUGAACUGAGAAUGCAGCCAGACUGGAACCUGUCAUAUAUUUUUAAAUUUCGUACAUGAAAUUGUUCAUCUGAAUCCUCAGAAGACUCCUGCAUUUGUACUUUAUAGGCAUUCUUUGUCUGUCUCUCAAACAACUUCUGCCUCUGCAGAAUCUUUGUAGGUGGUCCAUUUUACCACGGGCAUGACGGUUGGCAUCCUUGAAUCUGCAUGCAGUUGCAUUACAGUUGCAGUUGCUGUGCUUUCUCGACUUGACUACUAAAAUCCGCUUCUCAGUGGUCUUACGUGCUCCCAACUUGCCCCGUUACAGUCUAUAAUGAAUGCGGCGGCGAUGCUCAUCUUCCUGUACACUCGCACCUCCCAUGCUUCCCCCUCUGUCAGCCCCUACAUUGGCGUCCCAUGAAAUAUAGGGCUCAAUUUAAGAUCCUUGCUGCUCCAACCUAUUUAUUCUCACUAAUACACAAAUAUGUCCCGUUAGGCCUCUACGCUCUGCCGAAGACCUGCGUCUAACCUCUAUUCAUACUCCUACCUCUGAUGCUCGCCUUAAAGACUUCUCUAAGGCUGCACCAUUCCUAAAGACUUGUCUAGGGCUACACCAUUCCUUCCCCUCUCUGUUAGACUUUCACCCAGUCUCUACUCCUUCAAAAAAAAAACUACUUUUCUACCCUACCCUUACUUUUUGUGUCACUAUACCCCACUCCCUUUUGCAUAUAAGCUCAUUGAGCAGGACCCUCAAUCCCUCUGUUCCUGUGUGUCCAACUCAUCUGGUUACAAAUUUGUGUCUGUUAGUUCACCCAUUGUACAGCGCUACGGAACUUGUUGGUGCUUUAUAAAUAAUAAUAAUUCUUUUUUUUUUUUUUUAUUCUUUAUUUUUGGUAUGCAGAUAGGUACAACAGUGCCUGUAUCGCCACAACAGCGUCAGCAGGCUCGAUUUCCAAAAUAAUUUUAUAACAGUAUUGUGGCAUGUAGGGUAUGCAUAAAUUUUUUAAAUAGGAAGGGUAACGAUAAUUAAGAGGUCUAACAUUCAGAUGCAACGACUCGUUAGCGUUUACAGUUUGCACAUUUUUAUAUAUAUUUUUAUCAAGCUUGACCAUACAGUUAGAACGUUAGAGUAAAAAUGAAUGUAAAUAGAACAAUUAAUGCUUAACUACGCUAUUUUCACCAUACCAGUAUAGUCGUGAUGUCACAAGCUAAUCAUGCUGCUUAAAACUAGGGACAUGUACGUUUGUUUUAGUUUUUUUUCAAUAAUCAAGAGUACAUUAGUACCUGCACUUUGUAUGGUUAUUCUGCAUUCGUAGUGGUUUAGUCGCAAUAUGUUAUAAGUAUAAAGUAUAACAGACAGGCAUACAGUGGCAUAUCCCAUUGGUGUAUACAAGAAUACACAUGAAUAGGCAUAGUGAGGUUGAGAGAUGUAAAAAAUACUGCACUUUUCUAUAGUAACAUAGACCUCUGUAUCAGCUAUAAACAAAUGUAUAGUCGUAAACUUAAACAUGGGGACAGUGCUAGUAAGGAGUAGGCUAUUACAUAGUAUUGUUAGCUAGGGAAACCACCAACGGCUAGUUAGCUUAGCUCGCUGAGUGUAAGAACAUGGUAAAGUGGGCAGGAGGGCUGUAGUGAGCAGUGGGACAUUUGGUACCUUCACCCUAUACCCAUGGCAUGUAGGCAGGGAUCAGGCCCGCACAAACGGUAAUAAGGGUCCUCUGGGAUUCUGCAUCCCGCUGCAGUACACCCAGUCUCAUGGUCGUAGGCUACUCUUCCCGUGAUAAGGCAAAGUCCUUGGGUCUGCCGGGGGCCACGGACUCCGCUGGUAUGCAGCCCACGUGCUGCUCGCUGCCGCCGCACGGGUCUCUGACCUGCUGAGAGUUUCCAUGGUGGAUCUUGGGUGUGCAGCCCUUGCGCUGCUCUCUGCCGCCGCCUGAGUCUCUGACCUGCUGAGGAUUUCGGCGCAGGACCUCGGAUUUGCAGCCCUUGUGCCGCCCGCUGUUGCUGUUUUGGUCUCAGACUAGUUGGGGGUUUCCGGGCAGGAACUCUGCAAUCAGGUUGAGUUACCUGGACCAUCGCUGCAGAUGAUUUCCUCCGUUCCCUCAGAUUCCGCCAGAACCUCCGGCAUAUGGCAUUGAAUGCCCGUGUGAAGCUCUCUUCCCAGCUCUGUGCCGGUUCUUGUGUUUUGUGCUUCGCAUCAGCGCUGCUGUCAGCCAUCUUAGGUCGGCCACGUGGGGGCUUUUUCUGCAAGAUUCGCUCAGGAGCCACAGGUAAGUGAAUGAAUACUGCUUGGUGGGGACCAGGAUAACCCCCGCUGGCCCAGAGGGGGGGGGAGUACGGGGCACUAUAGAUCCACAAAGAAGAGUGCCUGGGCCACCCCGGUCAGAGAGAUCGGCCGCUUCUCCCGCCGAGGUAACACCAGGCCGCACGUAGAUGGCCGCCACUGCUUGGCUUUGAAAGUGUGGAGGUCUGGAUCUCACUCCAGUGUUGCCUGCAUGGUGCUAAACAAGUUUGCCAGUGUGAGUUAGUCCAGUAAUAGGGCGUUUGUCACCCUUCAAGUCGAUUUUAAGCCAAGAUUAGGCAGGAGCCCAUGCUUUCUGCAUCCAUUCAGAAUGGCGUCCAAGCCCCGCCCCCCAAUAAUAAUAAUUCUUAGCGCCCAUACAUCACAAUAUGCAGACUCAUCCACUCAAACACAAACACUCAUACACAGCCCAACUGUCCAUACAACACAAUAUGCAAACUCAUGCAAUCACAGAAACACUCAUACACAGCCCAAGUGUCCAUACAUCACAAUAUGCAAACUCAUGCAAUCACAGAAACACUCAUACACAGCCCAGCUGUCCAUACAUCAAAAUAUGCAAACUCAUACACUCAUACAUAAAAUCAUAUACAGCCCAACAGUCUGUAUAUCACAAACACGACUCAAAGCUGCCACUCACCUAUAAACCAUUGUCGAGACACAAUUCAGCCCAGUAAGGAGAAUGAGCUUACCAUUGACCCUUCAUGCUUGCUGUGGCGAGUAACUUAUAGGCCAGUUUUGUAGAAUGGAAUCUUAAUUAUGAGCCCUUAUCUAUAAUGUAAUACUUCACAAAACAAUAACAUUGUCCUAUCCCAGGAUUACCCCCCUCCCCCCCUCAUUAUGCAUGCCCUUUAAUUAUAUUAUUUCUAAAUAUGCAGUCUAACAUAGCUUGGCAUAAGCACAUGGCAAAAAAAAAAAAACAUGAUUCCAUUGGAUAACACUGAGCAGGCUUUAGUAUUGUGACAAAUACCAUGCCUGUAUAAUCACUGUGCUUCCUGUUUAGUUUUGGAUAAAAAUCUAUUUAUUGGUGUCAGUAAGGAAGUGUAUAUUUCACAGACAACUAUCUGGUGACGUGGUUUAAGAGUGAUGUUAGUGAUGGCUUUCACAUGACAGGUGAGAUAAAUACAGAAAUAGAACUAGUUAUUUUUAAAUAUGCAUUCUAUGUUAAAUUAAAUGUGCAAUCUCACCGUCUGUAAAAAAAGACAUACGAAAUGAACACAAUACAUUAGUGUUCUGUUAAACCUAAAGGGACACAAUAUGCUAGAUGUGCCCCCUCCCCUUCCAUUUCAAAGGAUUACAUAAAUAACACAGGUCAACAACUGAUAUUAGAUCGAUUUUAGAGUAAGUUUGUGUUGCGAAUUCUGAAAAUGGCAUUGAUUUUUCUAGACUGGAUGUCAUGUUACAUGAUAUUGUUUUAUUAUAAUGUACUGUUUCUUUAAUGUUCAUCUUAAGUUUGUCUCUUGUGCCACUCGUAGUUUGCAUGCUGCUUCAGGUACUCUCCUCCCCCUCUCCUGUUCUUGUGUUUUCUAUGCUGUACAUUUAAUGUGACUAGUGGUAUCUCUCCUACCUGUUUGGAAGAAUCAUUCUUUUACCUGUUGUAACUGCACAUUCUACAGAUUAUAUGAUGAGUAAACGUUGCCAGAUCUUCUUUCAUGUGAGUUGUGACUGAGUAAACUAUCUGGGAAAGUGAUUUGGUAUGGAUAAUCUCAUCAGGGCAAUGAGCGCCAUGUGCUCCUGAAAAACACAUUCAUAGCCUUUGCAGCCGUUCCAGAAUACUGGCUCUAUUUUCUUUUUUUUUUUUUAACAAUGGAUACCCCCAUUGAGAAAUGUAAAAAAAUGCAAACAAUUUAAUGGUUAGACAUACCCUACCUGCAAAACUGGAAACUGACUCAAAUCAUACAAAUAACUAAAAACAAUGUUCAAGAUAAUUUUAGAUUAUAUUAGAUAAAAACAAUGUUACAGAGUAAAAGGACAGACCAAACCCAGCUGCAUACGUCAGGAGCCACAGGUCGCAUUGGGGUAAAAUCAUAAUUUGAGGAGUAUCCAUUAUCUCAAAAACUAGAUCCAAUUCAACAAAACAAUGUAAUUUUUGGAUUCAGCACCCCAAAAAUAUCCUACAUUUGUUAAAACAUCCAACUAAACAAAACAUUUUUUUUGUUGAGUUUGUUUUUUCGGGGUAAAGAUCAGGAGGCUCCACCUGUCAGGAGUCUCAUUCUGGUUCUUAUUGUUGUCUUAUUCCAUAAGCACUGUCCAGCAAGAUGUAUCCACAUGCUCCAGUUUUAUUUAUCACAUAGGUGACUUAUUAGUAAGCUGAUAACAGCCAUUUAUAAUAUGAUUUAGAAACAGGGCUGUGUGUAGUAAUCUCCUGUGCUGCCAAACACUCAUGCACAAAGUCAUGGGUUAGGUUCUCUCCUUUGAAAAAUGAUAUAUCCAUGCAAGUUUAGCGUGUAGUUUACUCUUGCUGCAAGCACAAUUUGGAUAGAUCUGGAAAGGCAAAGGAGAAGGCAAAAAUAUCUCCACUGAGGUCAGAGAACAAGGUAGCAUCAAACCGCUUCAAUGACAAGCCAUGUUCAGCAGUUAGAGUGGGCGUUGGGUAAGCUCUGCAACUUAAUCUUAGAAAUAACGUAUAGCUUUUAUGUUGUCUAUGAUGGCUUUACGAGCCUUGUCAUCAGAGCAUCUUCAAUGAAAGACAAUAAUAGAAUGAAGUAAUCAAGAUGUGGACAGGAGGGAUAUCAGCUGGCCUUUUAUGAGGCCUAAACAUAAAAUAGUGACUACUAUGUCCCAACUGCAAAACACAUAAUUUUUGUUCUGAAUUGCUUUUGUGGGGAAGCAGCCUGAUUUGCACAUAUAGGUGUUUCCUCAAUAUUGGUAAACAUUAGAUAAAAGAAAGUUGAGAUGCUCCUAAGUAGGCACCAUCUCAUAUGACUAUUUAUUGAAGUCUAUUCUCAUUUGGAUUUCUCUUAAACUAUAUUUGCUUAUCUAAAAAAUAUACACUGCUCACUGCAAUACAGAGUAUAUAGACUUCAUUGUAUGAACCAGUAAGUGACAUUUUUAAAGCAUUGUGUCACUGUUUAUUUUGUUCCGAGAAACAGAGUAAUAUAACUAAGAAAGCACCCAUCACUUCCUCUUGUUCAAUGGCUGUACUGAAGAAGAAGACAUUAGAACUAAUUCAGUACUUAUAAGUAUAUUGUAUUGCAUAGUGUCAUAUGCAACAUUUUAUGAAUAUAUUCCAGACCUGACUGUAUGGUCACAGCUGUGGGCUAGGCUGUGACAUCCACAGUUAAACCAUAUUCUGACAAUGUGUUCUGGCCAGACAUUUGCAUACUGGCUCAUUCAGCAAUUGUGACUCACGUUGUUCCAAACAGAUGAUUUCAAUGCCACAUGGACGAAAAACCGUCUAUAAAAGUAACAUUCUUUUCUUCUCACCACACAGAGAUUUUAUUCAGUCACAAUAUUCCAGUUGGCGGGUUAUAUCCAUAAUACAAACAUUUGUAUAUAUAUAUAUAUAUAUAUAUAUAUGUAGACAAACAACUCCCUUAUUUGUUUCUUGUUUUCAGGUGGGUAUACACUUAUUAAAAAGUAGAAUAACAGAUUGGCACACGGAUCAUUGCUUUGCAUUUCACAAUCAAAGGUUCAACUGUACACUUCUUUUUGCACUUACAUUUUCUUAACUGUAUAUAUUUGUCCAAGAUUCUUGCCUUUAAUGAACUGAACAUUAUUAAGCAUGUAGAUUGUUUGCUUCCACAGGGGAAUUUUGGCUUGGUCUCAGGAAGACGUUCUGCAUCUUAAAUCAGAAAAACACUAGCUUCAUGCUGAAUAUUGCUUUGGAAGCUGAAGAUGGUGCAUUAGCUUAUGCAACAUAUGAUAAUUUUUGGCUCGAAGACGAAAAGACUUCAUUUACAAUGCACGUUGGACGCUAUUUUGGAACAGCAGGUAAGAAUAUUUGUAUCACUGUCAUUUAUAAAAUAACAAACAUAGUAAUUACAAUUGGAUUAUUUUCUGUUAUUUAUUUUUGCUAUUAUUGAUGAAAUAUAGUUUGUCGAAAUAACUUCUAUGUUCAACGAAAUACAAAAAGUGAUUAGUAAAAGGCAAAACACCAAAUCCACUAUUUCUGCAGUAAGUUGUUUUCUUGUGGUUUUCAAGCAAUAAGCCAGGUAAAAUAUAUAUAGUGUAGUAUUGUUUAUACAAAAUAACACGAUUUUAAAUAUUGCACCAACAUGAAUAAAGAAUUAAAAUAUCAAAUGACUAUUAGUUUCCAUAGAUCAACUCACCACCCAAAAGGAACAGUGUUGGUGAAGAUUCGUGGAUUCCCCGAGCUAUACAGGUUCCAACAGUAACGAAUGCCAAAACAAAAAGCUGAAACUAAUAUAAAAUGAAACAAAAAUAAAUGACUAUAUGAAAUAAUCAGGAAUUAAAGUGCUUGCUUAGCAUCUUUUAUUCAUCUGCACAGAUUACUUUUAUUUAAAAAACAAAACUUUUGUAAGAAGUGCUUGUGAAUUAUUAUUUUCUAGGUGAUGCUAUUCGAGGCCACCGGAAGGAACACAAUCAAAACGCAAUGCCGUUCAGCACAUUUGACAUGGAUAAUGAUGGCUGCUACCCAUCAUGCACUAUGCACGGCAAAUCGGUAAACAGCUGCAGUGCACUCAACAACAGGAGUGGCUGGUGGUUUAACCAAUGUGGCCUGGCCAACCUGAAUGGUGUUCAUCGUGUUACCAGGGGUGUGGAAAUACCGGGCAUUCAUUGGAGUACAUGGAAACAAAAUAAUUCCACUGUAAAAAUUAAAUCUGUUUCAAUGAAGAUCAGGAGAACAUACCAACCAUUUUAUAAAUGACUGCGCCAUUGGUGUCCAUAUAUAACUACAGCUCAAUUUGUUAAUCUAUUAUUAGAAAUUGUACAUUGAAUUUGUGUAAUGUAUUUUGUGAGCAC